AUGUGGAAUCCCAAUACUGGGCAGCCAGGGCCAAAUCCAUACCCCCCCCCCAACAUAGGGUACCCUGGAGGUUCGAAUCCUGCCCUCCCACCACCUGUCAAUCCACGUUUCCUCCGGCCCUUUCCUGCUCCCCAAAAAGCUCCCCAGCGAAAUGCAGUUUUCCCCCACCAUGGGCCCCCUCAUCCUUUGCCACAGUUAGGGUAUCCAGGAUGCCAACCUCCAGGUCCCUACCCUCCUCCAUACCCCCCACUUGCCGCUGGCAUGCCUCCUGUGAAUCCUUUGGCUCCUGGCAUGUUAGGACCAGGAGUGACAAUGGACAAAAAGAUGCAAAAGAAAAUGAAGAAAGCACAUAAAAUGAUGCACAAACACCACAAGCAUGGCAAGCAUUCCUCCUCCCCUGACCAGGCUGCUCUCCCAGUUGAGGCGUUCCCGUGGCCAUCCUCUGCCCGCUUCCUGUUCCUCCUCAACUCCUCCGGGGCCAGGCACCUCCUAUAUGCAGUGAGUCACGAACAGGCCUGCACCUCGAGCCCAGCUGCUGGCCUGAGAAGCCUGGGCUGGGCUUCCAGUCGGGCUGGGGACCCUCAUAUCUGUGAGCUGGAGGCGGUGACCCCUCCCCUCCUCCGGAAGAGUGUGGGCUCCACAGUCUCCACCACAGACCCAGAAUGUGCCUACAGGUGUCCACUGAUCCUUCCAGAUGCAGCUCACAUGGUCCCUGGGGAGCCGGCCUUGACCCUCCUUUGA